UACACAAGGCUCGCAUACUUAUAUAUACCAUGUCGGCGCAGCGCAGCAGCAGCAGUAGCAGCGCUUUUCGAGCAUAGCUGCAUAGCGCCCGCGUCCGUGUGUGCAUGGCCCUGAUGCAAUUGUGGUAGUAGCCCGACCGAGCUCGUGUAUGUGCGCGCGCGUCGUCGUCGACGACUCGGAUUUCCGAACCGAACUCCGAAGGUAUAUCCACUGCCUUUGUACAUGUAUGUGCAGCACAUCUAUACAUGUACGGCGAGGCGAAAACGAACACAACCAUCCGCAAGUAACAUCAGCAGCAGCACUCAGCAGCGUGUCCGCCGCGCGCGCGCGAGUCCCGUGCUUCUGUGUGUCUCACCGUUUCUCUCGCAGUUCUCUCUAUUAUCUUUCUCCUCGAGUCGAAAACUGUAUCUUUAAUUUAAACAAACGUGUCGCUGCUGCGCUCGUUUUCGGGGAUAAGAGAGACGGGGAAAAAGAAGGUGCAAACAAGGUGUUGCGUCGUGUGCUCAUGUGCUCGUCGCGGCAGUUGCAGUGAUUGUUGUUCUUGUAUACAUACACGCGCGCAUCGAUAGAUGUAUACAUAUAUAGACUUGUGUGCGCGAGAGAGCAAGAGGCCCCCGACAUAUUAUCAUAACACACGUAUAGACAUAUAGGAGUAACAGCAGCUCUCGCUGCGUUCAGCGGGCCGUGAGUCGAGUUUGGUGCGCGCGUGAGUGAGCGAAACUUUCUGCUUCUCGGUUGCAGCAUGCGCAUUAUCAACAACACAAGAGACACAAGUGCCGAGCGUCGUGCAGAAUCUUCAGCGUUCUAGUGUGUUGUUGUUAUUGUUGCGUCGUCGUCGUCGUCGUCGUCGUUGUUAUUGUUGUUAUUGUUAUUGUUGUUGUUGUGCAUUAUCGCAUGUGGCCCAAGACGUACGCCCCCUUCGUCGUGGCUCCUUGUCGUUGACACGAUCAUGUGUUGUUGUAUACAAAUCAUGGCCAGCAGCAGCAACAGCAGUGCCAAGCGCACGAGUCAAGACAGCUGAACAGAAAAAUCAGUCGCGAGGCAGAGAUUCAUCGUCGUUGUUAUAUGUAUCAUCGCAGCUGCUGCUCGACAUUCGACUCGGGCGCGAAACAGAGAGUUACAGAGAGCAUUGCAGCAGCUCGGAUAUAUUUACGCACUCGUCGCGAGGCAGUUUUAGCGAGUCGCGAGAGAGCAAGCUCCGCGCUUCCCGACCUGGAUUUCGACGACCCUUGCGAGGCGAGACGGCGAGAUCGUCACAAAAUAGAAAAGAGUCACUGUCAAUAAGAUAAACCAAACGAGUCAAUUACUUAAGGCUAAGUAAAAACAAAGGAGAUCGGUGCAAGAAAAAAAGAAAGCAGGAGCCACAUGAAAGAUGCUAGUGACAACGUAUUAGAAAUAAAAAACGCAAAGAUUGACAACUCAAAAGUCCUGUCCUGACCCUACAAGUUCGCGUAUGGAAGGGUUUGGACCGAGGCAACAAAGACGACUGAAACAUACGACGAAUCACAAGACGAGCCAAUCGCUGCCAAUCGUGCUGACGAGCAGCAGCCAGCUGCAUCAAUGACGAAGUCGACGGGUUGAAAGUGAACCCCUCUUUUUCUCUCUUUCUCUCUUUUUCUCUCUUUCACUAAUUUUCUUGUAACCAAAUAAAUAAAGUUCGUCACGUAUGUGUACAAGUGAUUCAAAAAGACGACUUGCCACGAGUGUUCGCUAUCGUUGAUUUUUUUCUUUUACUAUUCUUUCCCAAAUCUGAAUACAUCUUUGCGCGUGUUGGUCGAGUGAAUAAAACCAAACAAACAAACAGCUCUCGAGUCGUUAACCCCUCCCCCCAACCGAAGGGACAAGAAAUUCUCAAUUCCAUCUACAUGUCGUUGUGAGGUAGACCAUCGACUGCCUUGACAAACAGCUGGGCUGUGAGCAGUCAAGAGCAGAGGCCACCGCUGCUACAGUACCAGCAUGGAGUACGGCAGUGGUGGAGGCAGCGGCGGGCCCGGCGGAGUUCGCAGCGCAGGCGGCGGUGUUGGUCCCGUGCAAGCACCACCGACCACCGGACCCAGAGGCACCGACACCACAGACGCUACUUGGCAUAAACACGAACAAAUGAUGAUCAUGCACAAGCAACAACUUCAAAGCAGCGGCAGGACGGGGACACAAGGCGGCGGCGGCGGAGGCGGUGGUGGAGGAGGUGGCGCGCCUCUGUACGGCCGACUGGUGUCCGAGGAGCCAGUCUGCGGUACCGGCACCGGUACCGGUACUGGCAGCGGCACCGGCGGCGUCUGCUCGAGCGGCGUCGCCUCGCAGGAUGCACCGGCCGACAUACACGCCAUGCAAGCGAGGAUACCGCACAGGUUUCGCGAUCCUGCCUCGGCGCCACUGAGAAAGCUCAGCGUUGAUCUCAUCAAAACUUACAAGCACAUUAACGAGGUGUAUUAUGCCAAAAAGAAGCGAAGAGCGCAACAGAUGCAAGGUGAGGACGGCUCGCACAAAAAAGAGCGUAAACUUUACAACGACGGUUGGGACGACGAUAACCAUGAUUACAUUAUCAAGAAUGGGGAGAAGUUCCUCGAUCGGUACGAGAUCGAUUCGUUAAUAGGUAAAGGUAGUUUUGGCCAAGUAGUAAAAGCCUUCGAUCACGAAGAGCAAUCCCAAGUGGCAAUAAAAAUCAUCAAGAAUAAGAAGCCUUUCUUAAAUCAAGCGCAAAUCGAAGUGAGGUUACUAGAAAUGAUGAAUCGAGCAGAUACAGAUAAUAAGUAUUAUAUAGUCAAACUCAAAAGGCAUUUCAUGUGGCGAAACCAUUUAUGUCUGGUGUUCGAGCUGCUAUCGUACAAUCUCUAUGAUUUACUUAGAAAUACGAAUUUCCGAGGAGUCUCCUUAAACCUGACGCGAAAGUUCGCGCAGCAGUUGUGCACUGCCCUGCUGUUCCUGUCUACGCCGGAAUUGAACAUUAUUCAUUGCGAUCUGAAACCUGAAAAUAUCCUCCUGUGCAAUCCCAAGCGAAGCGCUAUCAAAAUCGUCGAUUUUGGCAGUUCUUGUCAACUUGGACAGAGAAUAUACCAAUACAUACAAUCUAGGUUUUACAGAUCGCCCGAAGUUCUGCUGGGUAUACCUUACGAUUUGGCGAUAGACAUGUGGAGUUUAGGUUGCAUUUUAGUGGAAAUGCAUACAGGAGAACCUCUGUUCAGUGGUGCCAAUGAAAUCGACCAAAUGAACAAAAUUGUCGAAGUGCUAGGUAUGCCGCCCAAGCACAUAUUGGACCAAGCGCACAAGGCGCGAAAGUACUUUGAGAAAGUUCCCACAGAUGGUUCAUACAUACUGAAAAAGUCAAAAGAAGGCAAAAAGUACAAACAGCCGGGUACGAGGCGACUACACGAUAUCCUCGGUGUAGAAACCGGAGGCCCCGGUGGCAGAAGACACGGUGAACCCGGACACUCGAUUUCUGAUUAUCUCAAAUUCAAAGAUCUGAUACUAAGGAUGUUGGAUUUCGAUCCAAAAACUAGGGUCACGCCUUAUUACGCGUUGCAGCAUAACUUUUUCAAAAGAACAGCUGAUGAAGGGACCAACACCAACAUUGCUGCUGCCAAUAGUGCCAAUACCAGUCCAGCAGUUGUCUCGAUGAAUCAAGAUCAUGGAUUGACAAGCACUUCUGGUCAGGGCAGUAGUAGCAGCGGUAACGGCAGUGCCAGCGGCAGUCAGCAGCGUAUGGACGUGUCACCUCGACACUCGAGCACCAGCGGUAUUGCCGGUACCGGUAGCAGUAGACGACUCCCAGCAAUGGCACCGACGUCCUCCGCUCCGGCUUCGAUCGACGCCAGCACCGGCUCAGCGGGCGUGGGAUCCCUGCCGCAGACUGCGAGCUCGCUCAGCUCCUACAGUAGUCUUUUGCCAAGUAUCCCGCUUCUCCCGUCAGCCAGUGCAAUGACUGGCAUGCAUCAUCAUCACCCGACGACGCAUCAGCCGCAUCGUCAGCAUCAGCAGGCAGGCUACUACAACUACUCGAACUACGUCCCCGUAAACGCCGAGCCACACCAUCGUCAAGUUGGUGUAUCAUCACAGGUUGCUGCCGGCAGCAAGCAGCGUGGAUCGGAUCAUGCGGCCGAGCGUGAAGAUAGCCCCAUGGUUGGAGUUUGCGUGCAGCAGAGCCCAGUCGCCAUACAUUAAGAAGCGUCUUGCAGUUUUUUGUGUUUAAUGUUCUUGCUAAUUUUGUUUUCCUGACGCCGUUACUGUGUUGCUACAACUACUGCCGAGAGUGGCAUUUGUGUCCCUCGAUCUUUGUGUACAUUUAUAUAUUGGCUUGUUACUGAUACUUUUCAGCACACGCACACCCACUGAUUCUUUUUAAAUUGCUUUCACCCACGUGGAAGCAAUUAAACUCGGUCAUCGCUGUGCAUAAAUGAAUGACUAAAAGAAACAAUGCGCAAUUUCCAAUUGAGAGCUGCGCCCAACAGAUUUUUGUAAACUAUGAAUUUGAAGCAAUCAUUUUGAAUUUUGAGUACAUUCUUUUGGUUGAUAACGAGAUUUCUUUGGACAAAACAGUCAGUGACCAUAGAGUAAAAAAAUAAUUGAAUAUGAGCGAGCAAAUGUGACUAGUCUUUUAAAGCAGCGAAAAAUCACCUACUUCUUACUCUCGAUGCGUCGUACGUACUACGAGAAAUGUUUGCAUGUGCGAUUGAUUUUUUACAUCUCAUUGAAAAAAGAUAAAUGAUAAAACCAAAGUGUUUUGUCAAUUCACUUUCCCAUUUUUUCUUUCAUGCGAAUUAUUGAUUCGUUGAGGUGAUCAGUCAAAAAACGAAUGAAUCAAGUGAAAUUUAAACUUUGCAAGAGGCUAAUUCAUCAAUGAAAAAAUCGAGCCUGAUAUCGGAUGAGCUAAGUUGAAAAAUCUAAAGAACUUAUUAGUUAAUGGGUUAUAUACCCUAAAAAUAUUCCGUGAGUGUGCGUGUUGAAAUUUAUGAUGUCUUUCAAGUCCUAUGUAUAAAAAAAGUAUAUAUAUAUAUAUAUCAAAAUGUGUAUAUAAAGGUUGUAUCGCGUCCAUCGGCGCAGUAUACGAAGAUUGAUUAAGAAAAAGAUAACCCGAUAUCGAAGUUAAAUUCGAGUUACCGUGCUACUAAGGCGCGGAUGUGCACAAGGGAUUACAUGGCCUAUAGUGCGCGGACGAUAGCCAGCCUGGCCAUUACAGGCCCCCUGCCGAUAGACUCUUGAUUGGAAAUUCUAUGAAGAUUACAUUAAUGCAAAAAUUAUAUAAAGCAAAAAUGAAUGCAAAUUUAGUUCGUAACGCGACAAAAAUAACUUUUACGAUAUAAACUGUGUGGCCUAGCGAGGAAACGUGAUAAAUACAUAUUACUAUAAUAAUAUUAAAUGAAAGAAAAAUAGAAUACAAAUAAACAUUGUAAUCAUGUACUCCGUUAGAGUUUUAUACACAAUGUGACAAGUAUGAGUGAUACAGUACGUUCUCGCAAUUAAGCAAA